CUAGCCAUACAUGUAUGCCUCACAUUUGGGUGUGGAAACAGGGAUGGCGAUAACUAUGGUUGCAUUUUCCCACUCUUCUCCAUCACUCUCUCUUCCUCCUCCUCUUUGCCCCACCAAAACCCAUUACAUCUUCUCUACUCCACCACACGCAGUUCUCCAUCAAUUUCACCGUUGCCGCCUCCAUUCCAGUGUUACGCCCAUUUCAAUUUCAAAUUCAAAUUCAAAUUCAAAUUCACCACUCAUAAGGGCUUCUUCUUCUUCUUCUUUGUCAGUUAGCAGAGACCCGAUGGUUCCUCCUUACAAUGUACUCAUCACUGGCUCCACCAAAGGAAUAGGGUAUGCACUAGCUAAAGAGUUUCUAAAGGCAGGUGACAACGUCAUAAUUUGCUCAAGAACAACUGAACGGGUGGAGUCUGCUCUUCAGGACUUGAGAGGGGAAUUUGGGGAGCAGCAUGUGUGGGGUACAAAAUGUGAUGUAAGGCAGGGGGAUGAUGUGAAGAAUUUAGUUGCAUUUGCAAAAGAAAAACUGAAAUACAUCGAUAUAUGGAUUAAUAAUGCAGGAUCAAAUGCUUAUAGCUAUAAACCACUGUCAGAAGCUUCAGAUGAAGAUCUAAUUGAAGUUGUCACCACAAACACUCUUGGUUUGAUGAUAUGUUGUCGAGAGGCAAUAAAGAUGAUGUUGGACCAGCCUCGAGGGGGUCAUAUUUUCAAUAUUGAUGGAGCUGGUUCAGAUGGAAGGCCAACGCCCAGAUUUGCUGCAUAUGGGGCUACAAAGCGCAGUGUGGUGCAUCUGACAAAAUCAUUACAGGCAGAAUUACGAAUGGAUGAUGUUAAAAAUGUGAUAGUGCAUAACCUGUCGCCGGGAAUGGUAACAACUGAUCUUCUGUUGUCUGGAGCUUCUACAAAGCAGGCCAAGUUUUUCAUUAAUGUUUUGGCAGAACCGGCAGAAGUGGUAGUAGAGUACCUCGUCCCAAACAACAGAUCUGUCCCUGCCAAUGGAUUGAGCAAGCCCACUUACAUUCGAUUCCUUACUGGCUUGAAAGCAUACUCUCAGAUAUUCUCAAGAUUUGCUUUUGGUGCUAGGAGGAAUCGAUAUUUGCUUGAAGAUUGAUGAGGAUCAGAGGUCUAAUAUGUCCAUACAACAUAUUUUCUUUCACAUAAAAUUUGCUGCUCUCUCUCUCUCUCUCUCUCUCUCUCUCUCUAGCUUUUAUUUGGCUGUGGCAUAAUUUUUGUUUCUGAAAAUAGUUUGAAUUAUAUGUACUUAAGGAAAUUAUAAAAAUGAUUGA